CGGUGUCUUGGACGGGAAGAGUUGCUGUGGAGUCGGUAACAGGAAGAGCAGAGCACUGUCAGCCUGGCUGAUGGGCGUCCAGCUCCAGAGCCCAGGCUGGGUGGGCGUCGCUAGUGGGUGGAGCCCUGGGCGCGACGCGGCGCGGCGCGGCGCCGGCAGGGUUACCGCUGGCCGGGCGCUUAGUCCCGCCCCCAGAGGAGGCAGGCGACGAGCCCGAGUCUGGCCGCGCUGGCCCCCGCCGCAGCUCCCGCCGGCCGGCUUGGUCCAGCCGUCCCUUUUCCCGACGGCCGGGUCUGGCCGCCCAAUCCCCACCAUGGCCCCCGCGGGGCUCUGCGGGGCCGCGCAGCUCGCUGCAGUCGCCUUGGUGCUGGGGACUCCCUUGGCGCUGGCCGGAGAGGACUGCCUGUGGUACAUGGACCGGAAUGGCUCCUGGCAUCCCGGCUUUGACUGCGAGUUCUUCACCUUCUGUUGCGGGACCUGCUACCAGCGGUACUGCUGCAGGGACUUGACCUUGCUUAUCACAGAGAGGCAGCAGAAGCACUGCCUGGCCUUCAGUCCCAAGACCAUAGCAGGCAUCGCCUCAGCCGUGAUCCUCUUUGUUGCUGUGGUUGCCACCACCAUCUGCUGCUUCCUCUGUUCCUGUUGCUACCUGUACCGCCGGCGCCAGCAGCUGCAGAGCCCCUUUGAAGGCCAGGAGAUUCCGAUGACAGGCAUCCCAGUGCAGCCAGUAUACCCAUACCCCCAAGACCCCAAAGCUGGCCCUGCACCUCCACAGCCUGGCUUCAUGUACCCACCUAGUGGUCCAGCUCCACAGUAUCCAUUCUACCCAGCUGGGCCCCCUAUCUACAACCCUGCAGCUCCUCCCCCCUACGUGCCACCACAGCCCUCCUACCCUGGAGCCUGAGGAACCAGCUGUGUCUCUACUGCCUCUUCAGUGACACCAACCUUGGGAGAUGCCCCAUCCUGUAUCUGCAUCUGACCUUGGGGGUGGGCAGAGGUCCUCUAGUCAUCAGGCCCCAGACUAAGCCAAGCCCUGGGUCCCACUGAGGACAGAGCCCCAGGGAAGUGGAACAGGAACUGAGCUGGAACUAGGCCAUGAUUGAGGGGUCAGUGGGGAGGGCUCUGGAUUAGCAGACUUAUUUUUAUUGGAGGGCAAGGGAAGGAGAUGACUGCCUGGGUCACAGCUCCUGCUUUCAAAUAGUUCCUCUACUCCCAGGAUCCCAGCCAGGAAGGCUAGGGUCCCUCCUGUUUGCCCACUCUAGGAUGGGGUGGUGGCAUGGGGAGGCUCUAUCAGUAGUCAGAAGUAGCCUUCCUCUCUGGCUGCCCCACUGGCCAGGGCUCUGGCUGCUGGAUUAAAGCUGUAAAGA